GCGCUUCACAAACACACACACACACACACACACACACUGAAACAGUUUGUGCGGGGUCUGGGAUGUCUGCUAGGGUGAUUUUCCGAGGAAUAAAAUACCUGCAGGUUUUCACAUGCUGGUUACAGUUGGUAGAGGACAUAUUUGUGCUAAUCUCCUAUCUGAAGGCAGCAGAGGUGAAUCAGAUGAGCCGGACAGAGGCAUACCCUCUUCAAGACUUUGCCGCUGAGAAGUCUCAAGGAGAUGAUGUGAUGAGCCGCAGAAGGGUCUCGGUGAAAGACCUGGGCCAGGGCGACUGUCAGGGCUGGUUGUACAAAAGGAAGGAGAGCAAAGGGCUCUUGGGCUGGAGGUGGAAGAAGUUUUGGUUUGUGCUCAAGAAAUGUUCGCUCUACUGGUACACAUCGGACAUGGCAGAGAAAGCCGAAGGCUACAUCAACCUGAGAGACUUCACCAUAGAACAGGCUACCGAAUGCAAGAAGAAGUUUGCAAUGAAAGCAUGCCACCUCCACAUGCUGACACUCUACUUUGCAGCUGAGAACAUGAAAGACAUGAACAAAUGGCUGGCUAAACUUACCCAGGCUUCAAAUGAACCUGCGCCCACAGACUCAACCGAUGGAGAGUGCUACAGUGAGGAGAGUGACGAUGAGGAUGAAGCAGACACCGCUGAGAUGUGUGCAGAGGUCAUGGAUCAGCUGACCCCCGGCUCUCUGCAUGGUUGUCUCCCGCGUCCCCGCACCUCUUCCUCUCUAUGUCAGGACUCGUUCCGCACAGAGACUCAAAGUGCAGACAGUGAGUCGUGGCAGGAGAUCAGCUCAGAGGAAGACCCCAUCCGGAAAAUACAGGAGUUCAAAGGGAAUGACUGCCCCCCGUCUGAUGAGAUGGAGAUGCUGUAUCUUCACCUCAAGCAGGUGAGGCUGUCCCCCAUAGGAGCCCUGCAGCCAACUACCAAACGUGACUUCAGGUCCUCCUUCAUCAGACGCUGCAAAAAUGAGAGCAUUAAUGAGAAACUGCACCUGAUUCGAGCUUUAAACAGCACUUUAAAGGUGAGUUUGGCAUUGGUGUGGCCAUUCAAAGGUUAGAAGUGUCCUGUUUGAGUGUUUGUCCAGAAAGAGUUGAUCUAAAUAGUAAUUAAUCUACCGGUGUA